CUGGACAGGCUAGGGCAAGCGGGGCGCGGGGAGAGUGUUUCGUUUUGUGCGGUUGAAGUAUGGUGGAAAUGGAAAAUUAUUAAAUUUUCAUUUUAUGAUGUAAAUUGUAACUUGAAAGGCUAUUUUAUCCUGUUCCCCAUGUACAUAUCUUCGUCACCGUUUCCCUAGUUUCUCGAUUAAACAAUCAGUUACCGAUAAAUUCGUUAAUCAGAUCGCUAUAACGUUGCGUUACAUGAAUUGUUUAUAUUAUUGAUAUUUUUUAUUUCCGAAUAUAGAUUCGCAUAUCGAUUUCUAAUUAUUAUCGUGGUUUGUUCGAACGCCGUUUUGUUUAACUGUGUAUUCGAUUCAGUGAUAUUCUGUUGUUAAAUUGAAAAAAAAAUAGUGAUUUUUAAUUGUUUUGCGUGAGUGAAUAUAUUGAAAAUAUCGAGUUUCAAGAUGUCUGAAGGCCAUGGGGAACCUAACCAGCAUAGGAAAGAGAGUGUAUCAGCAGCUAAUGUGCCCAGUGAUAGCCCAGUAACAGACCCUGGUCAGGUUCGAGGUGCGGCGGCUGAUGGUGCUGCAGGGAAGUUCGAGGGUCAGAGAGGAAAGUCAGGGGCUCUCAAAAAGUCUGCACGGUACAGAAGCAGGUCUCUAUCAGCGUCAUCUGCUGACUCCUAUAGCUCCACGUCUUAUACGGGGUCUUCAUCAGACGAGGAUGAAGGAGUACAGCCUCAUGAGAAGGCCAUAGCAGCUGGGCAGCCCAACCCACCAUACUGUGUUCGCAACGUGGAACAGCACGCCUUUGGCAGGCGGGAGAUCAACAUAGCUGAGCAGGAGAUGCCUGGCAUCAUGGCGCUGAGAGCCAGGGCUAAGGAUGACAAGCCUUUGAAGGAAGCCAAGAUCGUAGGCUGCACACACAUCAACGCACAAACAGCGGUGCUAAUCGAAACCCUAGCAGCACUCGGUGCUACGGUGCGCUGGGCCGCGUGCAACAUUUACAGCACGCAGAACGAGGUGGCUGCUGCUUUGGCACAUGCAGGUUUUGCUAUAUUCGCAUGGCGAGGAGAGAGCGAGGAAGCAUUCUGGUGGUGCAUAGACCAGUGCUGCACAGCGGCUGGUGCCUGGCAACCCAAUAUGAUCCUGGAUGACGGUGGUGACGCCACGCAUCUGAUGCUGAAGAAGCACUCCGCAGCUUUCAAGCUCAUUAAAGGUAUAGUGGAGGAGAGUGUGACGGGCGUCCACAGGCUGUACCAGCUAAGCAAAGCGGGCAAGCUCUGCGUUCCCGCUAUGAACGUCAACGAUUCAGUUACCAAGACCAAGUUUGACAACCUGUACUCUUGUAGGGAAAGUAUAAUAGAUGCCUUAAAACGUAGCACGGACAUAAUGUUCGGGGGGAAGCAAUCGGUAGUCUGCGGUUACGGGGAGGUGGGGAAAGGAUGUUGUCAAGCGCUCAAAGCACUUGGGUGUGUGGUAUACAUAACAGAAAUCGAUCCAAUAUGUGCAUUACAAGCAGCGAUGGACGGUUUUAGAGUCGUCAAAUUAACUGAGGUGAUAAGACAAGUAGAUAUAGUGAUAACAGCGACGGGCAAUAAGGGUGUGGUCACACGGGACCACAUGGAGCGGAUGAAGAAUGGCUGCGUGGUGUGUAACAUGGGCCACAGCAACACAGAAAUAGACGUCCACUCUCUGAGGACGCCGGAUCUGAUGUGGGAGAGAGUCAGGAGUCAGGUGGAUCACAUAAUUUGGGGUAACGGAAAACGCAUAGUCCUCUUGGCGGAAGGUCGUCUCGCGAAUCUCUGCUGCUCUUCCUUGCCAUCGUUUGUUGUGUCAGUCACUGCUGCCACUCAAGCACUCGCGCUCAUAGAAUUGUAUAAUGCACCACAACAUCGUUAUAAGGCUGACGUGUAUUUAUUGCCCAAGAAAAUGGACGAAUAUGUAGCAAGCCUUCAUCUGCCGACGUUUGACGCCCAUCUAACCGAGCUGACAGACGAGCAGGCCAAGUAUCUCGGCCUCAACAAAGUGGGCCCGUUCAAACCUAAUUACUAUAGAUACUAGCGCGCGGGCCGAGCGCCCUGAGAGGCGUGCCUAUAGAUGCGGAGAAAACGUCGAUUGUAUGAAUUUUUAUUGUGUGACCGAAAAUUUUGAAAUGAAAUAUCGUGGUCAAAUUAAGCCCAACUGAAUAAUUUAGUUCAAAUAACACCAACUGAUUUAAUUUGGGUUAAAUGUCCCCAGCUGUUUUAAUUUGGGUCAAAUGAUCUCAGUUAUCCUAAUUAAAUAAAUAAAUAAAAAUAAUUAAUCGUUUAUUUGGGACUAGAUAUCGCAAACAGAACACAGGAUGAAACACAGCAACAUAAAGAGAAACAAAAUACAAGUAAUCACAAAUACAACUUAAGUACCUACAUAUUUAAUUAGGAUCAAAUGUACCCAAAUGUCUUAAUCUGUCCAUUGACCUUAAAUAAUUUAUUAGGAACCAAACUCCCAAAUUGUAUUGCUGAGCCGGUGUUAUGAUAUCCGACUGUUUUAUUAAUUUACCCCUAAAAUCUGAAUAAAUAACUGCACCAAGCAUAAGUUA